GAAAUUCCCUUCAAGGUGUCCGUGGGCUCCGUGGUUUUGUUGCAACAUCUUCACAAGAAGCUUCCCUUCAAUGUGUCCGUGGGCUCUGUGGUUCUAUUGCAACAUCAUCCUGACAAGGAAAUUCCCUUCAAGGUAUCCGUGGGUUCUGUGGUUCUGUUGCAAAAUCUGGACAAGGAAAUUCCGUUCAAGGAUUUUUCCUUCAUGGCCUCCCUGGGCUCUGUGGUUCUCUUGCAACAUCUUGACAAAGAAAUUCCUUUCAACGUGUCCAUGGGCUCUGUGGUUCUGUUACAAUAUCUUGACAAGGAAAUUCUCUUCAAAAUGUUCGCGGGCUCUGUGGUUCUGUUGCAAUAUCUUGACAAGAAAAUUCCCUUCAAGGUGUCUGUGGGCUUUGUAGUUCUAUUACAUCAUCUUGACAAGGAGAUUCCGUUCACGGUGUCCGUGGGCUCUGUGGUUCUGUUGCAACAUCUUUACAAAGUGAUUCCCUUCAAGGUGUCCGUGGGCCCUCUGGUUCUGUUGCAACAUCUUGACAAGGAAAUUCCCUUCAAGGUUUCCGUGGGCUCUGUGGCUCGGUUGCAACAUCUUGACAUGGACAUUCCCUUCAAGGUGUCCGUGGGCUCUGUGGUUCUGUUGCAGCAUCUUGACAACGAAAUUUCCUUCAUGGUGUCCGUGGGCUUUGUGGUUCUGUUGUAA